GAUAAUAGAGCAGUGCUCAAUGGUUGUGUAGGACUUCUCUCGUGUAGGCACCUAGCUCACAUAAGUUUGGUGCGCUUGUUGUGCAGUGCCUGAAGCCGAAUGUUGCCUGAUACGAGGCGAAAAGUUCUCGGAAUACGAUCAAUUCAACGGAAUGCUCUUGAAAAGAAUUUUGAAAAAGCUUUAUCAAUUAAAAAACUUAUAGUUGAGAGUAAUUUAGAAAAAUUCAUGAAAAAUUACGUGAAGCUUAUCGAAAAAACCUUUUCAACUGAGCUGGAAGAUGAGCAGAGUAAUGUCGCUUACCUUCAUGAGUUUGGAACAGUCCGACCGAAAAAAAUGUUUAACUUGCCUGGAUACGUUCGAGGACGUCCAGCCCCUUCGUCAUUCACGACAAUUCGUCCCCCUACAUCAAGAGAACACGACAGGAACAUGACAAAUAUCAAGGUCAUUUCAUACAUUGAGUUGAAGGAGGAAAGGGAGAAAUUUCGGAAGCAGAUCAUUAAAGUAAUAGUGAGCAGAGAUACCGAAUAUAAUGAUGAAACAAUCAUCCCUUCGUCUGAUGAAAUUCAACUCGUUCGCUAUAAUUAUUAUAUUCAACAUGGCAUUGACACUGUUCAUGUUGCACCUAUUGAGCAGCAUUGGAUCUCGCAUAUUUUAGACCUAGUUCCGAUAUCUUUAAAGAAAAAGCACGUCAAAGAGGUCAAUGCAAUUUUUCUUGAAGUCAAGGAAGAUUUCCAAGUGGCCAUCAAGAAAGGGAUUGUAGACUUUGUCUUGGAUGAUUUUAAAUUUUUGAUGAAAGACUCAAUCACAAAAAAUGAUGGAAAGCAGGUGGAAAGUUUUAACAAAUCGGCGAGAAUCGAAUUCGAUCAAGCCAAGCAAGUCAUCAGUAAAAAUCUUUUCAUCUCUAAUUCUGUCAUGGUAUAUCUGCACCAAUUGUGGCACAAGCAGUUCAGCGACUUGAGAUUGAUUCAAGUUAAUACAUUUUACGCGUCCAAAUCAGCAUUGGACCUCUCAGAUUUUCACAAGUCCGCAAAUGAAAGCAUUUCUCAAGCGAUAACACGUCUGAAGAAAGAUUGGUACCCAGCUAUCCAUCAGAUCUUGUCACUGAGUGCCAGAGAAAAUGACAUACCUGUGCAAAGACAUCGGACAAAAUUCUACCAUUUUCAUCGCUGUGUUAUUACGAUCAUGACCCACCAGUUGCAAAUGCUUUGCCUGACUUCUCUAUCCGAAGUAACUGAUUUCCUCACAAACAUGCAGAACAGCCCAGGAUUUAAGUUGGCUCUCAUUCAAAAAAAUAAGCUUAUACAGUUUGACCCUCCUCUAAACAAAUUCCAAAAUGUCUUUCUCAACUUAUACGGCAUGAUGAUUGAAGCUGUAUGUUUGCCAGGUUUAGAUACGCGCCUAUUUUCUGACCUAGAAAUGCAAGAUUUAACCAGCAAGUUAAAGCCAAUUAUUCUGGAGAAAAUCGUGGACGACUAUCGUUUGAGUGUCAAAAUGUUUUUGAAGGAGCAAUGGAUCGGACCUCAAUUGCGAGUUCAAGACUUUGAUGAAUAUAUCUGUUUGUUAAAUGGAGAGUCACAAGAAGAAAUCAAGAAGUUUCUGUCCGAAGAUCACUCUUUUGAAGAAUACAAAGUACAAGUUGCCAAGUUUCACAAUCUGAUUUACGAGAUUCCAAUUAACAUGGCGCAUGUUGUCCGUGUUGGUGUUUUUGAAAUGCAUCGUAAGGAUCUAAUCAAAGCCAUGACCGAGUCCUCUUGUGCAAUAAAGAGUCAACUUACAUCAAAAUUGAUCAGUGAUUAUCAGUUAGUCUGCAAGCAGUGA